UUUUAAUUGUUAUUUUCACCCGAGAAAAAUCAACACUUUACUGGAUAAACAGAAAGUUAAAUUCGCAUCCAACUUCUUCAAAAGAUAGAUAUAUGUUUGACAUUUUCGUCAGACAUAUUAUCCGAUCACAACACAAACUAUAAGAGUAGUCAUCUUUUGUAAUCAGCUGAACACCACUACCCAAUUCAAGUAUUUUGAUUUAUCUAUGGCAGAUACUUCAAUACAAUUUGACCGUGUCCUAACAGAAGAAUGUCAGGUGAAGGAAAUCAAAGUGAACAGCCUUCAGUAGGCAAAACUGACAGUGAGAAAAAAGAGAGCACACUGGCAGAUUCUAGUUCGACUGAUCUAAAUGUUGAAGGGGAUCAAAAUGAUAAGUCAGGACUUGUGGCAAUAGAAGACGAAGCAAUAACCAACAACAGAGAAGGCAAUAGGACAAGUGAUAAACUAGUCAAUGUUGAUGAGAGUGAGUCUGAAGUAGAUAAUCAAAAUAAAGAGGAAUUAAAGCCAGAUAAUAUAGACAGUAAUACUGACAGUGAGUCCAACCAAGGCAAACAAAAAGAAGCAGAUUCAAAGCCAGAUACAGGAGAGAGUGUUGCAGGUCUUAAAAAUCCAGUUAUAGAGAAAAGAACUGAAGAUCCUCAAAGCUCAGCUGAUAAUGAAGAUGAACAACCAGUAAAAGGUUGCAGUGAGAAACAAAACUCAUUACAUCAAAACAGUGACAAUUCAAAAGGGUUUGUGGAUAGUGAAACUGUAAGAAGAAUAGUGAAAGAAGAAUUAAUUAAAGACAAAAAGGCAAAAGAAGAAUUGAAUAAAGACAAAAAGGUGAAAGGAGAAUUAAAUAAAGACAAAAAAUCAUUGACAAAAAUGCAGACUGGAUUUAUAUCAUUUACUGCGUUCUUUUUAGGAGGAGGCCUGAUGUCAUAUUGGUGGACUCCACACUAUCAUGACUAUACAAAUACAACAUAUGUACUAAGUGAUAAUAUCACUCAAUCUAGUAUAGUCAUGGAGGACGUAACACAGAAACUCUUACAAUGUCAAGCCAACUUGACACAGAUAAAGCAAGAUUUCAGUUAUGUUCAUGAGGGUUUUACUGUAUUAAAAAAUGAAGUCACAGAUGUAUCUAAUGGUAUCACUGGUACCAUUGAAAAUGCGAAAGAAGAAAUGAAAGAGGAUUACCUUCUGUUGAAAAGGGACAUAAAGAUCUUGACUGGAACACAGCAAAUCCAUGGCAAUAAGUACAUAACAUAUUCUGAAACGAUAUUUUUUCUGAUAGCUGGUCUAAUCCUAGAGCCAUUGAUAAUCUUUCUGUUGUAUAAAUAUUUACCAUGGAGGAGUACAACUAGUAAUCAUGAUCCUGAUGCACCUGUCCGUGAUGGUCCAAGUGCACAGCCACAGGCCGAAACUGAACUUUAUAACAGGCGGAAUACACCAAGAAGAACGAAUAUACUAGAUAAGAUAUGCAGUGGGAACUUGGAGGAAUCUAUUUGUAUCCUGAGUUUCUAUGAGGAAACACAGGACAUGCAUCGUAGUAUGUUAACAUCGGCAUUGCAACAUAAAGAUUUUCCAAUGAAGCCAUUCUUAUUACAACUCGCUGAUCCAGAUGCAUUGUCUAUUCCAAGAUGUCGCUUUGUUUUUGUAUUUGUUGAUUUUAAUGAAAGGAAUGUUAUUUUAGAGACCCCUGGCCAAGAUCUCGGUGAUAAGAAAGUAGUUACUGUCAGGGCUUGUCAGAAAAUGGGAGCUGAUGUGUUUGUUAUAUAUACAAGGGACAGAGAUUCAAGUCAUUUGGGUGAUGGCAAGCUGUACAACAAGGACUUGUCAGCCUUUACAAAACAUGAUCUAUUAAAAGAACUGACAGCUAAAAACAGAGGACUUAGUGUAAAUGAUACAUUUUCUUCAUACCAGAAAAGUCACAUCAGGAGAAUUGUUCUGAAAAAAUGACAAAGUUCUUACUUUUUGUAUUUAUAAUCAAUGUUUUUUUUUAUGAUUUAUACAUUCAAUUUCACAACUGAAAUAGUUACCAUGCUGUAUUGAUAUAACUUAGAGGCUAUUCCAGAAAUUACAAAAUGAAGUGAUCCAGAGGCAUUUAAUUAAAAUAUAUGGUUGAUGGAGCUUAUUUAGCUUGCGGCAUUAGAACCCAUUGGAACCUCCCCCCUCUUUUUUCUGACCAUCAAUGCAUUUGAAUGGGGACAUAUAGUUGGACCCCCUUUUGAAAAUGGCUACAUCAGCUCCUGCUGAUGCUGAUGCACCAAUUUUGGCAAUUAAUACCUUUCAUUUCUGCAUUAAAUUUACAUAUUAUGAAUACUGACUCACUCUUACUAUUGUUAUAUUAUAUAACUUAAGUAAAAUGAUUCUGAGUUCAAAGACACCUCUGUUCUAUUAUUACAAAGUUUUUUAAAGAAAAAAGUCACAUAUUUUUCAUACAGAAUUUGAAUUACAGUGAAGUAUUUAUUUUUGUGACAUUAUGUCACAUACAAGUUAACAUGUUUUUCAUUGUAUCUGCACAAAUUUAUUUAUAGUGAAUUAUUUGUCAUAAUAUAAUAAAGCCUGGAAAAAACAAACUUGCAACCUUCUAGUCCUCAGUUUCUUUUCUUUUUUAGCUUGCUUGCUUAGAUUUAUGCAUAUUUGCUUAGGUUUUAUAUUAUACAUGUGUUUUAUUUAUAUGUGUAUUGUUAUUUGUUUUUUUAAAUGUCAAGUCAGCUAAGAGCUCUCCAGAGUUCAUGUUUACUGUGUUAAUUUGUACAUAUGACUCUGAAUAAAAUUUACUUACUUACUUACUUGCUUAAGCCACAACUAACAAACUGAAUUUUUGAUAUUUACAAUACAUUGACUUUUUUCUGGAGAAUUCACCUUAUUCAUGUAUAUAUUGAACAAAAAAUUGCCAGAAUACAUAGCAGAUAAACCUAUGCCAUGAUAAGUGCUCUUUUCAGUUAGAUAUGGAGUGCUUUGCAGUACAAGCAAAUAAAAAUGUUCCUGAGCAUUUAUUUUUAUGUUUUGUGAUUUGAUGGCUAUAUAUAUAGCCAUAAUGUAAUUACUAAUGCUAUGAUAUUAACAUUAUACAAAUUGAAUGUGUAGGAAUUAUCGUGGAGUGCAGAAUAUGCUUUAUCAAUUCUUUUCUCUGUUUUUCUGUUAAGACCAUCGUCUUUGUGUUCUGUGUAAUUGCUUUAAAUCUUGGUACACUAUGGAUUAUGAUAUAAACCAUUUCAGAAUUAUUGCACCAGGAAGUUAUCAUUCUUAUUAGAAUGAAUUGAUUAUAUAUUUUUUAAAUUCCAAUUGCAAAUUUUACAUGAUAACUGUUUAAUAAUACAAACGAACUUAAGGUGGUACCUAACACUACAGGGAGAUAACUCUGUAAAGUCAGCUUAACGUUUUAAUUACGUUGUGUUGUAAAAGAAAUAUUAAGCUGCUCAAUGAUCGAAAUUGGAGUUUGUCAAAUUGCUAUAUAACCAGUGUAAUUUUU